AGGAAUACACGGGUCGCUAUCGUUUGGGAAUCAUAUCUAGAGAAUAUAUAUAGCGAUCUUCAAGCAAUUCACCUCUCUGUCACACAAACCAUACAUAGCUCAAACCGUAUCCCUUGCUUCCUCUGCGACGCGCCCAUUGUUUACUCUCUCAGCGCCAACGACUCAGAAAACUCUUCGACUGAACACUUCCACACGCAACGCUGCUAUUGACUUAAUGCACAGCCAUCACCACUAGUAUACAUGUCUACAAACAUAUCCCGACCCCAGGACAGCUGUAUCCUGGGAGAAUCCUGGGUUGUGGCGUCACCUGAUGGGGAGAACGAGCCACAAGCCAACUGUCAGCCAUUUGACCCGUCGACUCCAACACCUCAACCUCGACCUCGACCAGCGAGAAAAGCCCGCAGCUAUGGAUCCGAAUCGAUAUCCACCUCCACCUCCUCCUUGGGGCCGGAACUCAUCAUGCCAUCGAUAUACGAGGCGCCACCCUCAGAAGCAUCGUGGGUUGCGCCAGCCUCACGAUCCAAGCGCUCCCUCAGGCAAAGACAUCCCACCGAGCCCAGGCACUCAACGCCAGAAAAGAAACAAACAUCCCCUCCGCGCAAACAAGACAGCACAACCCCUACAACAACCCGCAAGUCACCCUCAAACAAGCCCACACAAUAUCGCCCAUGGACACCCCCUACCAUACCCUCACUAGAGUCCUCCCUACGCGCAAUCCUCAACCUUGUCCUCAUCGCAGCCAUCACCCACAUGCUCGUCCUCCCCGAACUAGUCCAACAAUAUCAAACCCUCUGCUCCCUCGAAGCCCUCGCAACCCUAUACCCAUCCAGCUGCAUCCCACUCUAUCCCCAAGCACACCCUGUCCAUCACCAACCCAUCCCCCAGGAGGACAAGGAGACUGUGAUAUCCUCACAAACACGCCUGGAGUCCCUCUUCAACGCCACACUCUACGACAUGGCCCCCCUCAGCACGACGCUCAAGCACAGCGAAUCCAAGCUCCGCGACAUCCACCACGACCUCAAGAAAGCCUACCCGGGCAGCAAGCACGAACUCGACCUCGAAUUCACCGGCUGCCUGCAAGCCACACGCACCGCCGCCAGGAAAUUCGACUCCCUCCAAGCAGACAUCCGCUCCGCAGUAGACAGUCUGAUCGCCACAGGCGACGCCCGGACCCUCGUCCACGACGCGCGUCUCUCCACCCAGAUGGCCCGCCGCGAGCAGUACCUGGAGCAGUUGACCUCACGCAUGCAUUCCAAAGCCGACUCCCUUUCGAACGACCUAGCCACUCUAGACGAUCACCUCGAGUCAAUCGGGGGCAUCGUAGACCGGGAAUCAAAACACUCACCAUCACCACAACCACAAUCCAAUACCGACACCCCCACCCCGCCCAAUUCCAAUUCCAACUCCCCUCAAGAACCACCAACACAAGACCAACAAGAAAAACACACUCCCCGCCAACUUAACCCCUUCUCCCUCCUAGGCCUCAACCUCAACCUCCCAUCCCUCUUCCGCCCCUCCUCCUCCACCACCGAACCCAGCGAAAACACCCUCAUCACAAACCCAUCUCACCACCACCACCCACUAAUCAAGCUCUUCCGCGACGCAGCCACCAAUCACCAUCCAGUCAUCCGAGUAGUUCGAAACAUGUCGAAUCAGCUCCAGACACUUCACAAACGCAAGAACCCUGUUUAAUUACUAUUUAUUCAUCCUUGGCUUUUCGGCACGCACGCCGACG